AUUAUCAGGAUGACGAGGUGAAAAUGGCGGAUCUUUCGAAAUACAAUCCCGGCCCCUGACAUUCCGGACGAGUCUGUAGUAACACCCAAGACACUUGCACACAAACACGGCUUCACCAGCCUAAUUAUACCGGUGUCCCUCUCACACUAGUGCAGCAAUCUGACAUCGGUAUUGCUCCCUAGACCCGUCUAAACACCAGACCGGACUCAUCAGCUGGGAACUGUGUCUGAGCUCCCCCCAACCAAGCAGGCACUGGAGACACAGUAUAAACACUGCAAGCACAAUAAUAUAGGACUGGAGGGGCAGCCGGUGACAGCACUAAAGAGUCGGUGCCUGUUGGAUUAUUUUGCUGCUGCUUCCGGCGUGUGGAGGAUCUGUGGGUUCGGCCUCUUCCCUCCCCUCCUGAGAAGCAGAUAGGCGGAGGAGGAGGGCAGCUGAUGCGGAGGGAGGAGAAUUAUCAUGAUGACGAGGUGAAAAUGGCGGAUCUUUCGAAAUACAAUCCUGGUUCUUGACAUUUCGGACGAGUCUGUAGUAACACCCAAGACACUUGCACACAAACACGGCUUCACCAGCCUAAUUAUACCGGUGUCCCUCUCACACUAGUGCAGCAAUCUGACAUCGGUAUUGCUCCCUAGACCCGUCUAAACACCAGACCGGACUCAUCAGCUGGGAACUGUGUCUGAGCUCCCCCCAACCAAGCAGGCACUGGAGACACAGUAUAAACACUGCAAGCACAAUAAUAUAGGACUGGAGGGGCAGCCGGUGACAGCACUAAAGUUCUGGUUCAUCUUUUGAAAGCCUAGAAUGGAUGUGGUAUCUGCAGAAGUAAACAAUGUCCUUCCUGAUGAGAUCAUGGAGACCGAAAUGUCACUGGAGGAUGAUGACAGUAUUGAAGCCAUCACUAUCACCUCUCCAAUGGUGGAGGAUGUUCCCAUGGAAACUGAGCUGGAUGAGAUUGUGGAAGUGAACAGUAGUGGAGACUGUGUUACUACAACUUUGUCUGAAGAGACUGUGUCAACCAGCAAUCACUCUGGACAUCUGGCAGUGCUGAGUGUGGCUUCAAAACCAGAUUCUGGACCUUCUGUUGCAGCUAUGAAAACUGUCAUUCAAAGUGGCCUGCACAAGCUGGCCACACCAGUUCCUGGACAAAUGAUUAUAAAUAAGGUCACACAGGCUUCUGAGAUUGGGCCAGGCAGUCAUAUUUUGAAACAGGAAGGACAAAAGCUGUUUGUCACAACUCUGGGGAAGUCCAAUCAGCCCUAUGUCUUGACAUUACCACAGAACACACUCUCAAAUACACAGACGGGUGCAACUCACUUCCAAACUGUGGAUGCUAAAGGCACACCACAGCAGAUUAGGGUGGUAACCAUAGGAGGAAGGACUGAGGGAAAGCCUGUUCUGGGUAUGUCCUCAUUGACAUCUGCUCAGCUCAUCGGUUCUACUACCAAGUCUCCUGUCUUGCAGGCUCAGCAAAUUAAGACCCUUCAGAUUGCAAAGCAGAUUCCUGCAUCAUCCUCUGGUGCUGUCAAACUUAUCAUCCAAAAGCCGGUGAACAGCAAACCACUUACUACAGGACAGAUUUCCCAUGUGUCAUCGGUUUUUGCAGGCAAGAAUCUCUCACACACUAAUCCUGGAACUCCACCCAAAUCAAUAACUAUCACAGAGACCGGAGUUAUUGGAGCAUCUUUAACGUCAACGCAAACCUCAAACAAAAUCGCUAUAUCCCCACUUAAAUCUCCUAGCAAGCUGACCCUGGUAUCUGUUGGCUCGCAGCCUCAUAACUCUCCUCAGAAGACAGUAAGUGUUCCCAUAAGUGUGGCCCUUGGGCAGCAGCUCCUGACUGUGCAAACACCCUCCUCCCCUGGCAAGGCCAUCACUAAUAGCACAUCUGCACAGGGUGGGAAACAAACUGUCCAGAGUAUUGCUGUUGGUGGUGUGAACACUCCUCAGUUCAAAACCAUAAUUCCCCUCUCAGCUGCCCCAAACAUUCAACAGAUCCAGGUGCCUGGGAGCAAGUUUCACUAUGUCCGGCUUGUCACAGCUUCCACAGGCAGCAGCUCGAAUCUUUCCAGCCAGAGCACUAGCACACAAGCCCUCCAUCAAGCUAAACCGAUGAUGGUUAAUGCAACGUCAGUGCGAAUGUCUGUUCCCAUUGUCUCAGCACAAACUGUCAAACAGGUGGCUCCUAAACCAUUAAAUUCAGCUUCACAUAUCGUCACAACCAGCCAACCACAGCAGCGGCUUCUCAUGCCAGCAACACCUCUUCCUCAGAUACAGCCCAAUCUGACAAACCUUCCCCCAGGCACUGUGCUGGCACCCGCUCCUGGUACAGGCAAUGUGGGCUAUGCUGUUCUGCCAGCUCAAUAUGUCACCCAGCUACAACAGCCUUCGUAUGUAUCCAUAGCAAGCAAUGCAGGCUUAUCGGCAACACCCAGUGUUCAGAACCAGCCCAGAGUACCACUGAAUGGCAUUAUUUCUUCAGAAUCAAGUCGUCCAAGAAAGCCAUGUAAUUGUACCAAGUCCUUGUGUCUCAAACUGUAUUGUGACUGUUUUGCCAAUGGAGAGUUUUGUAACAACUGUAACUGCACAAACUGCUAUAACAACUUGGACCAUGAGAAUGAAAGGCAAAAAGCAAUUAAGGCAUGCCUUGAUAGAAAUCCUGAAGCAUUCAAGCCAAAGAUCGGUAAAGGGAAGGAAGGAGAAUCGGACAGAAGACACAGCAAGGGCUGCAACUGUAAAAGAUCUGGGUGCCUUAAAAACUAUUGUGAAUGCUACGAGGCUAAAAUCAUGUGCUCCUCAAUAUGCAAGUGCAUAGGUUGUAAAAACUUUGAAGAGAGUCCAGAGCGUAAAACACUGAUGCACUUGGCCGAUGCAGCAGAAGUAAGGGUUCAACAGCAAACUGCAGCCAAAACAAAGUUGUCCUCACAGAUAUCGGACCUCCUCACAAGACCAGCACCAUCACUCAGCAGUGGGGGCGGAAAGCUCCCCUUCACUUUCAUCACAAAGGAAGUAUCCGAAGCUACAUGCGAUUGCCUGUUGGCCCAAGCUGAACAAGCGGAGAAACAGUCAAAAUGCAGGGCAGCUGCAGAGCGUAUGAUACUGGAGGAGUUUGGCCGUUGCCUAAUGAGGGUGAUAGACUCUGCAGGGAAAGCAAAAAGUGACCCUUGUCCUAUGAGUUGCUAAAUGUGGCAGUAUCUACGCAAAAGACUACUUGCUUUGGUGUAUGGAGGUUGAAAAACUGCACAGAGAUCACUGCCAGGGAUUAUUUGAGGACUCUCUAUGCUCUCCAACUUGGUGUGUCAGCAUUACACAAUGGUGCUGGUUUUAAAGUGACUUUCUAUGUUGUACAAAAAGGCAACACAAGAUUUUAUGGUUUAAAAAAAAAAAAACUAUUCUUUUAAAAUCUGCAGUUAAUUCAGACUCAUCUCUCCAUCCAAAACCUUGUCCAGAUGACGACACCUUAAUGGUGAAUUGUUUAUUUUGUUUGUUUUGUCAUAAAUCUGUUUCUUUUUGUGUAGCUCAAACAGGAAUUCAGAAUGCUCGUCUUCCUUCAUUUGUGUUUGUUUAGGUGUUGAGAGUUUGGGUUUUUUUUUAUAUAUAGAUUAUGGAUCAAAAGUGUGUUGUGACCCCAUUAAUAUAACAUAGCAUCAAAUGAUAAAAAAAAAUAGUAAUAUUAAAGACAACUCUUCGUUUAUGGCAAGAAAUACAGCAAAACAAAGUACAGAAGAUGAAUCAGACUAUAUCAUUUAAACCUUGAGGCAAAAAUACUUCCUAUUGUUUAUCACUAGUGUAUUAUUGGUUAUCAAUAGGCUUUAGGAAUUACUGAUAACUAUGAAGUUACAGAAUUCUGAAAGUUGUGAUUUCUGUGUGUGUGGUAUCAUCGUCUACAAAUUGAUUGAACACUGUUUUUUUGUAUUUUAUUAACUUGGUAAAACAAAAUAAUACAGUCAAAAUAUUUUAUUGACCCCAUUUUAGAUUUUUUUUUUCUAAUCAAUACUGUUAGAAAUUUCCAAAUAAAUGUAAACAUAAAAUGCCUGUCUUCAGCAAAAUGAUGGUCUUUGAAUAUUGGAACGUAAAGCAAAUGCAUACAUCAUUGGCUACCUUUUAAAAUGACAUCUUUAUAUAUUAUGGAGCUAUUCGGUGCUCUGACACCAGGAAGAAAGUUUUAUUGUCCCUUAAAGGGACAUGAAACCCAAAAAUGUUAUCUUAUGAUUCAGAUAGAGCAUACAUUUUUAAACAACUUUCCAGUUUACUUCUAUUAUCAAUGUUGCUAUAUUCUGUUAGUAUCCUUUAUUGAGGGUGCAGCAAUGCACUACUGGCAGUUAGCUGAACACAUCAGUAAACCAAUGACAAGAGGCACCAAUCGGCAGCUAGCUCCCAUCUACUAAGAUAGAAAAAUACAAACAAUUGAUUAUACAAAAACGUUUGUAAAAAUGAAUGGUAAGAACAAAUACUCCCCUUCAGGAGCGGAGCCGCUCCCUCGCACAGUUUCUCCCAGCGAAAUUGUUUGGUUAGAGGGGCGCUUGCUCAGAUGUGAAGUCCACCAACUCGAUAUCAGUCCAGAAGAGUCUGGAAUUGAAAGGACUCCAAUUUUGUGCUUAUAUACACACGAUAAAUAUAACUGCAGUAUACUCACUGAAUAAAAGUAUUUAUUUAUUUAUUGGUGGACUUCACAUUGGAGCAAGCGCCCCUCUAACCAACCCACCUCCCAGCUACUAAGCCUACCUAGGUGUACUUUUUCAACCAAGUAUACCAAUAUAACUAAGCAAAUUAGAUGAAAUAGAAGUUAAAUACAAAGUUCUUUAAAAUUGUAUGGUCUAUCUGAAAAAAUGGUUUUCAUGUCCCUUUUUAAAAACACUUUAAAUUGUAUCUUAUAAUAACCGUCCAUAAAGUAUUUGGAUUUUUAUGCCCCUGGAAUUUAGUGUCUAGCUGGUACAUUAUAGACAAUUAGGUUAUAUUUGUCACAUGAGCAUUGCAAUCAGUCAAGGAAUGUAACUACAACUUUCAAAAGUGGUCUCUUCAUAUUAACUGCACUCUGAAAGAAUUGUACAAAUUGAAAUCCUCAAACAUUUUCCAUGAAAGAAGCAAUAGAUUAUUUUAUUUGCUUCAAAUUUUUGAAAACAGAAAUUGUUUUGAGGAUGUUGCACGUCAUUGUCUAAACACACCUAACUAUGCUUGAACACCCAAAAUAAUCAUUUACAGCCAAUAACAUUGUAUUUAAAAUGAUCAUCUUAUUAAAAGGUAUCUUCAUUUGCUGCUCAUUUUAUUCUAAUCACAAAUCUUUAUUGUUUUGUAAAGCAGAUUAACAUCUUGUAAAUUAGGACUAUUUAUAUAUUGAAUUAUGUGGUUUUAACCCUCUCCAUGUUAUGGUAUCAAUUAGGAGCUUUUAUAUGAGUGUAGCUUUGGCCUUAGGAAGAAAAAUAAAUACACAAAACCUUUUUUUUUUUUUUUUUUUUUUUUUUUUUUUAAAUCUCAUGAACAUUUUUCAGGAAUUGCAGUGCCAGGAACAUUGUGUUGAAAUAGAUUCUUAAUGUAGUAACUACUUUAUUUGAAAUUUAUCAGAAUGUUAUCUCAAGUAUUAUUUACUAAAUUAAAUGCAUUCAGUACUGCAAUACUGGUCCAAAGACAUAGUCAAAGUCAAACUUUUUAAGGGGAUCACUUAUUCUGUCGCUUAAAUGUUGAAAAAAAAAAAAAAAAAAAAUUAGGCCUUAACCAAUCCAUAGUCUAAAUAGUUGGAAAAAUGUCAAUGUAGUUUAUAUAAUAUGUGCAUGUGCUUUCUUUAUUGAUAUCUGUCUUUCAUGUACUUCUAGCCAUUAAAGGGAUAGUCUAGUCAAAAUUAAACUUUCGUGAUUCAGAUUUUUCUUCGUUCUCUUGGUAUCUUUAUUUGAAUGUAAGCUUAGGAGCUUACCCAUUUUUGGUUCAGCACCUGGGUAGCGCUUGUUAAUUGGUGGCUACAUUUAGACACCAAUCAGAAAACGAUACCCAGGUUCUGAACUAAAAAUGGGCCGGCUCCUAAGCUUACUACAUUCCUGCUUUUACAAAUAAAGAUACCAAGAGAACAAAGAAAAUUUAAUAGGAGUAAAUUAGAAAGUUUCUUAAAAUUGCCUGCUAUAUCUGAAUCAUGAAAGUUUUGACUAGACUAUUCCUUUAAUGUAAACAUCUACAUGCAUUCUCAAUAUUCAUGCUCACACUAACACACUAUGAAAGUUCGAGAUGACCUGUUAUCUAAAAACCUUACUAUAUCAUUAUAAAGAAGAUAGCAAAGUUUUUGUUUUUAUUUUUAUUUAAUCUACACAUCGGCCAUGAGCUUUUUUAGUUAAGUAUUUAGACCAUUCUGUCACAUUUUUGGACUCAAAAAAAUACAAUCAAAUUUAUAUAAGGGGUAUUUUAGUAAAAUAAUUUAUUUAAAAUAAUAAUUAACCAGCUAUUAGCUUUGAAAAUGCUUUAGAUUCCCUUGACAGAUUUUUGCUUUGUUAAAUCAAUUAAAAUAAUCAAUUAAAAGUUUUUGUUAAAAGUGACCAUCACAUACUAAAGUGUAGCUAUUCUUAAAUUCUAAAUCAGUGUUUUUAAAAUAGAAACUUGGACCGAAUGUUUGAGAACUAAAACUUACUUUUCAUGUUACUUGUAGGCGCGUGUAAAGUUUUGUUUCCGGCAUUUGCGUAAAAAGUGCAACACACAAGUAUCUUGAUAUGCACCGGCCGCCAAAAAAUUAGAGAAGGAAUCCUGAAUACAAAAAUUUGUACAUGCCAAGUUACUAGUACUUUAUUACCAUAGAAGCAAUGUUUGACAGCAAAAUGUGGGUUUUCCUUCAAAGCAAUCAAAACAAUCAUUUGGUAUUUAACUCUGCAAUAAAGUAUAUUGUCUGUAAAAUAGAGGCAUUCACGUGUUUUGCAACUGGUUAUUAAUACUCGUUACCUGUGCACUAAAAGGGAUACUAAACCCAAAAAAAUAUUUCAUGAUUUAGAUAGAGCAUGCAAUUGUAAGCAACUUUCUAAUUUACGCUUAUUAUCAUUUUUUCUUUGUUCUCUUGCUAUCUUUAUUUGAAAAAGAAGUAAUGCAAGCGCUACCCAUGUGCUGAACCAAAAAUAGGCCAGCUCUUAAUCUUAUAUUCCUGCUUUUUCAAAUAAAAAUAUCAAGAAACAAAGAAAAAUUGAUAAUAGGAGUAAAUUAGAGCAGGCAAUGUUAAGCAACUUUCUAUCUGAAUCAUGAAAGAACAAAAUUGGGUUUAGUAUCCCUUUAAAUGGACACAGGAAAUGUUGGUACACAAAGCUUUCACUUUUAAAUAACUGUGUUCCAUAGCUAAAUCACUCAACAAAAAUCACUCUGGGGAAUAAUGCUACAAGCUAAAUUAAUCUAAAUGUUCUCUCCCUUGUUCCUUCAGUGUGGUAACCUGUAUAUAGUGUUGACUUUGUGCCUGUAGAGUUCCUUAGCAUUGUAUAAAUGUAAAAUAGUCUAAGUAGAGAAAAAUUGCCUAAUCAUAUUGCUAUUUUAUUCCUUUCAGAACAGGUUCAUUUUUUAUGUAUUUGUGAAAGUAGAACAGGAGCAAUUAGUGUUGUAUAUAGUAAAGCUUUACACUUAUAAGGCACCUUUUUUGUGAUGUAUGUAUUUAUACGGUGUGCAGAAAAAUGUGAAUUUUGAACUACAGUUGUAGAUUAUGUAUGAAGACAUUAAAACUUUUUUUUAAUUGUACAAAAGGUAAUAAUAAAAAAUAAGGCUCUAUUGAAAGCUUUCCCCAAGGUUAGAAAAAAAUAAAUAUUAGGCUGAGACCCAUGAAGCUGUAAAAUCACUAGAAUAUAGUGUGAAAACUGCUGGUGAUGUAAUUUGUAGAUUAUGUGAGGUAAUCUUACAACAUGGCGGUUUGAUGGGCCCCAGCUUUGAAGUAUUAAGCUUGCUUUUCUCUAACUUGAAACGCCCUUUUUCCUAACCAGCUGCAUCAUUCUGCUGCAGAGCAAGUUGUAUUCCUGUAUGUGUUAAGCUUACUAUUUUUGAAGAUACUUGGGUGACAAGGUGUCUUUUUAUAGUUCUGUGUACAUCUGAAAGUAGAAUAAGAUAAAUUUAUAUUUACUAGGACUAUUCAAAGAUAAUACUUUCUAUAUUGUACAAAGUGCGAUAAAUCACAAAGAUAAAAUAAACAUUUAUACUAUUCUGUAA